ACCGCACAAUAUUCCAACAAAAUCAGCCGAUAAGAUUAUUCAUCACAAUGUGUGAACGACACAGAUUCCAAAUGUGUCUAUAUAACGAGUGCGUAACCGAGUAAUUUUAAUUAAGAGUCGAAAGUGAAAUAUCAAGAGAGGCCAAGCAUGGGUGUUUUCAAUGUGUUUAAGUUAUCAGUGUUGUUGAACCUACUCUCCGGCCCGGAGUUGGGGUUGUUUCCAGCGAGUAAGCAUCUGGGGUCGGUGGUUCCGCCACCGACAUGUGGGCGCAUAGAGUGCCCCAGUUAUGAUGUGGUAUUUGCGGGAGAUGAGUAUGAGAUAAGGAGAUAUAAUUCAAGCAUGUGGUCUUCUACUUCUCCUAUUCAAGAUAUUUCUCUUGUAGAAGCCACCAGAAUUGGGUUCUUACAGCUAUUUGAUUACAUCCAAGGCAAAAACAACUACCAAGAGCAAAUAGAGAUGACAGCUCCCGUGCUUACUCAAGUAUCACCAAGUGAUGGGCCCUUCUGUGCAUCUUCAUUUGUUGUGAGCUUUUACCUCCCAAACAAGAACCAAGCGAAUCCACCUCCAGCGAAAGGUCUGCAUACCCAAAAAUGGGGAACAACAUAUGUAGCUGUAAGGCAAUUUGGAGGAUUUGUAGCUGAUUCAAGUGUUGGAGAAGAAGCUGCCGCGUUAUACAGCAGCAUUUCCGGCACCACAUGGGCAACUGCUAUUGACAAAAGUCAUGCAGGGGAAGCCACUACGACUUAUACUGUUGCCCAGUACAAUUCCCCAUUUGAAUUUUCUGACCGAGUGAAUGAAAUAUGGCUGAUGUUCGAUCUGUAAGAUGGUGUUACAAUUUAAGAAUAAGAAUGGUGAGAGGAUUUGUGGUAAUUAGCAGUGCUAGAUGAAUUUUGCAGAGAUGUCUAGCAGAAAAUGAGCAGUACUCGAGCUGCAUUGUACUGUUUGAUUGUGAAUUUCCCUUGAUUGUACCAUCUACUUUAAACAAACUCCUCAUCUACAUGCUUGUAAAAUAUGUAAUGAGACGUUGAGAUGAGUCUCUUUCCUGAGGCUUUGAAUAA